AUGUUAAGUGAUCUCAGAUGUAAAACAAUGACCAAAGGUUGGUUUUGGAAGUCUAUGAAGCUGUACUCGCAAGCCACCAUCAUUAUUAGAUUAUUGAAUGAUCGUAUUAUAGCACAUAAUGCCGGCAACUCUAAUAACAGUUUUGGUUUAUUCCAAUGGAUAACCGAUUGCAUGUGGACAUGCGGCGGUUUAGAAGUGCCUAGAGAACAUGCACUACCAUUACUUAUAGCAAUGCCAUUCAUAUCAAAAUGUAUAAUUUGCGCUUCAACUUCAGUGAAUGGUGCUGUGAUUAAGGAUAUGCAAAACUGUUUUGUUUUAUAUCAUAGAUUACAAAACGUGGAUAAAUUACACGUUCUCGUCGAUCAAUACGUUUUCAUUUUACGCCGUGCUACAUUUUGGAUUGUUAUGGACGCUGAAUCGUUUCUUGUCCAUAAUUUUACCGCAAAGCAAUGCAUUUUUCGAAUCAAAAAAGCUCAAUUUCAUUUGCCGAUUUUUAUUACUGUACCCGAAGUUUUGAAGUUUCGAUCUUACUAUGGACAGUUGACUAUUUCGCCAAAUUUGGGGAAUAUUUCUAUCCAUUGCAAUGCUCGUCAUCUACUUGACAAUUUUUUACAAAAUACGCCAUCGCUUUACUUCAGUUAUCAACGAAUCACGAAGAACUUUAAGGAAGAGUGA